AUGUUCUUGGCUAAAAUUGUGUUUGCCGCGGCCAUUUGCACUGUAUUAACAAAUUUUAGUUUUGUGGCCGGCCAAAAUGAGGACGGCGACAUGAAUGAACCAGAAAAGAAAAAGGAGCCGCCACUAGACAACCACACAUUCGUGGCCUUGAUUGACGUCGUGUUUUCUGAUGGCAAGAAAAAAACAUGUACUGGCACCAUCAUACAUGAUAAUGUAGUAAUAACUGCUGCACAUUGCUUUGUCGGCCACACCAAAGACGCAGAGGCCGAACUAACCGCCUCAUUCGUGGUCAUCGGUACCAAGAAAAUGUAUGAAACGGGUUACGAGAACUAUCUGCCCAUAGAAAGAGUUAUCACACAUCCUAAAUACAGAGGCUGGACAGCUGAUCUCGCUUUGGUCUUCACUUUUGCGGGAAUGACGUCAGACAAACCGGGCAAUGUUAUGCCUUUGAUGGGAGAGAGUGCGUUGACCCCUGUGGAUUCUAAUGUCACCGUUCUCAGUUGGGGGCAUUGCAAGAAUGAUAUGCUAACCGAGUUAUCCACGCGUGGAAGCAAGCAGUUUGCAAGAAAACGACAAUGUGAUUCGAAUGAAGAUAAUGAAUCUUGCGAACCGCGCCCCUCUACUGGCGGUCCAUUGCGUGUGGCGUACAGCUCCGAAAACCAAGAGCAAAGCAAUGAGCGGGAUAAAUCAGAUUCUUUGAAUUCUUCUAAUCAGAAGAAUUCAAGGAUGCAGGAUUCUACCGAACGGUAUCCAAAUAUCUUGAGACUGGAUGCUCAAGGCGGGCAACCUGAUGCGAGCAGCGUACGACCAACGCGUCGCACUACCAGGAGCCGUCGAACAACGAGCCAACAGCCGACGUUCCACCCAAGCAGGAACGACGCCACUAAGAAUCGAUAUACUACGACGUCUCCAAUAAAAAGGAAGAGGAGAAUGAGAAAGUCUUCACAGGCGCUAAGACACCGAUACAAGAAAGCUUCUAGGAAUGCAAGCUACAUCGAUCCAAACCUUCUGAAUGUUGCUACGAAUGAGGAACCAAUAUGGACGGUACGAAAACCAAGAUCGUUUUCCAAAGAGGAAGAUUUAGAAGCAGAACUAACUACAGAAACCGACCAAACCACAAAAGAACAAAAUAAAAAAGACGAAAAUGAUAUACAAAAACAUUACCAGGGAUGGCGGAGAUCAGCCGGCAGCGUGGAAAAUAAACUGACAACAGAAAUCUUCGGAUUCGUCAAUGUGCAAACUUGCAAGAAAUUAGUGGAUAAGGCGAUGCCUAAGCUUUAUUCAAUUAAUACGAAUGAAGUCGUCUGUUACGCAGCUGAAGAACAUUAUAUUAGCUCGGAGGAUUCUGGCGCGCCGGCUAUUCGUCAAGGACAUCUUGUGGCAGUGACGCUGGGUGGGGUGGAGUGUGACGGCGACCACGUGGCCAUCGGUAUCAAGAUGAGCUGCUUCUGCACGUGGAUCGCUGAGAACUUACCGAGCGGUGGGGAAAAUUUGAGAUGCUGUAAAAACUGCUGCGGCGAACACAAAGAGCAACAGAGAUAUAACAGACAAAGACAAACUAAUCAUUAUCUACAAAAUGUGAGAGUUGAUUCAACAUAAUUGUUACUAUAGUAAUAUAAAAUUUUAAAAAAUCUA